AUGCAUAACAAAAAACACUCAAUCCACUGCACUCACACAACAUGCUCAAAUGAUGCAGAUAUUCGCAAGAUUUCAAAGGUACUGGCUAUCAUCCUGGUAUUCAUGAUGCUUGAACUUUGGGGGCACUGGAAAACAAACAGUCUGUCACUUCUUGCAGACUCACUGCAUUUACUGGUGGAUAUCCUCGGAUUUAUUGUAAGCUUGCUUUCGCUGAAAUGGGCGAAGUGGCCCUCGGACAGGCGAAUGACAUUUGGAUACCACAGAAUUGAGAUCAUAGGUGCUUUAGUGUCAAUUGGACUUAUCUGGGCAGCUGUUGGAUACCUGAUGAUUGAGUCGUUCCACAAGUACAUUCAUCCUGAAGAGAUAGAUGGAGGGAUGUUUUUUGGCAUAGCAGUAGUUGGAUUCUUUGUGAACUGUGCAUGCGUGUACGUACUGCACUAUGACGAGUACCAACAUAGGCUCAAACAUAAGAACCUGAAUAUCCGUGCAACAUAUGUGCAUGUGAUUGGGGAUCUCAUACAGUCUGUAGGGGUGAUAAUUGCAGGAAUGGUGGCAUAUUUCUACCCAGAGAAGGCAGUUGUGGAUGUGAUCUGCACGCUGUUUUUCUCUGUGAUUGUUUUAAUAUCGACUGGGUUUGUUUGCAAAGACGCAGUCUACAUUCUUGCAGAAGGUGCACCGAUGGAUCUUGAUACUGAAGCACUCAAAACAGAUGUCCUGGAAAUCGAGAAUGUCUAUCGAGUGGUUGAGCUUUAUGCAUGGUCGAUAUCGAUGAACAAAAAGGCGGUUUCUAUAAGGGUGCUUGCUGACGAUUUGCUAAUCAAUGAUUAUGAAAGCAUUUUAUCUGAAAUAGGUCGGAUAGUGAAGGAGAAGUAUCAUGUGAUUAUAGUGACGAUUCAGAUAGACACGCCUAACACGUUCUAUGGAGAAGGUGGAUUUACUGUUGAUGGGAUGGCUAUUGAUAUGAAGUCACCGAUGUCAGAGAUCUCAAAUGCUAUAGAAUCGUAG